CGAGUACGUCAUACGGGCGGGGUGCAGCUGCAGCGGUGGCGAAGUGCAAAGCAGAAGGACCACCAUUUUAUAACGUCGUAGAUUUUCAACCCGUGAAACUCGUUUAAGCUGUUUCGAGAUGGGAAAUCGGGUCACUCGUGAGGACUACGAAUGGGUUUAUACUGACCAGCCACACGCUGACAGGAGGAAAGAGAUCCUUGCGAAAUAUCCACAGAUCAAGUCUCUGAUGGGUCCUGACCUCCGGCUAAAAUGGAUCGUGUGCAUGAUGGUGGCCAUACAAUUUUUAGCUUUUUAUUUGAUCAAAGAAUUGGACUGGAAAUGGGUUUUGUUUUGGACUUAUGCCUUCGGGAGCUGUAUCAACCAUUCAAUGACUCUGGCUAUCCACGAGAUCUCCCACAAUACGGCUUUCGGAAACAACAAAGCCAUUUGGAACCGAUACUUUGCCAUGUUUGCCAACCUCCCUAUCGGCUUGCCGUACUCUGCCUCUUUCAAACGCUAUCACUUGGACCAUCACCGCUACCUCGGCGGAGACGGUGUCGACGUAGACAUCCCGACUGAAUUUGAAGGCUGGUUUUUCUGUACACGUUUCCGCAAGUUUGUCUGGAUUAUUCUGCAGCCACUUUUCUACGCCAUUCGACCUCUUUGCAUCAACCCCAAACCCAUCACGCAAUUGGAGCUGACCAAUGUUUUUGUUCAGCUGGCCUUUGACAUUGUGCUUUUCUGGGUGUGGGGAGUCAAGCCGGUGGUGUACAUGCUGGCUGGCUCUUUGCUGGGUAUGGGUCUUCACCCAAUCUCUGGUCAUUUUAUAGCCGAGCACUACAUGUUCCUCAAGGGCCACGAAACCUAUUCUUACUACGGCUCCCUCAAUCUGCUGACCUUCAAUGUAGGGUAUCACAAUGAGCACCACGACUUCCCCAGCAUCCCAGGACGUAGGCUACCUAUGGUGAAGAAAAUAGCAGCAGAAUAUUAUGAUGGUCUUCCCCAGUACACAUCGUGGGUUAAGGUCCUGUAUGACUUCAUCAUGGAUGACACAUUAAGCCCAUACUCACGAGUAAAAAGGAAGCUCAAAGGAGAUAUGAAACUGGAGUAAUUUCAAUGAGCGCUUCUGUGAAGAAGAAAAACCAAGACAAUUUAUGUUUUGGAUAUCGUCCUGGGUCGUCCCCGGGGUCUCCUACCGGAUUGUUAACUUUCAAUGUGUCUUAUUAAUUGUGUCUUAUUUUUAAUUCAUGAGAAAUUAGCUAUGAAACAACUUACCAUGCUUUUACGAUGUGUAGGACAAAUACUUUCCUGAAAUAAGUUGCAGUAAACCUUUUGAUCAACUAACGACCUGUCAUUGUGAAUUUUUAACAUUUUGUAUGGAUUCUGCAACCUUUUUGUCCAUGUAUUAACACUUGCAAGCAGUUUGAGCUACAUUUUUCUGCAAAUUUCUUUAUGUAUCAAAUGCAAGAACGACAGGAAAUGACCACAUUUAUCAUUAAAUGGCAGCCAUCUUGGUUCUACAAUUGUCUGCUUCAUUCAAAUGUUUUCAAUAAAGGUAAUAUCAAAAAUGUAAA